CCGCCGCGAGGUCGCGCGCGCGCGCCGCCGCUGUUCCUGCGGAUUCGACGGGAGCGCGAGCGGAGCGAGUCCAGCCCGGAGGAGAAUGAACAACAAAUUUGACGCUUUGAAAGAUGACGAUAGUGGAGAUCAUGAUCAGGACAACGGCUCACCGAAAGACAGUGAGAAGGAAAAAGCUGAAGAUGAGGAGAAGGACCAAAACACUAUCAAGAGGAAGCCUGUGGUUCCUGGGGCAGGGGAACACCCUCUGCAGUAUAACUACACAUUCUGGUACUCUAGGCGAACUCCAGGCAGACCAGCCAGCACACAAAGCUACGAACAGAACAUUAAACAGAUUGGCAGCUUUGCUUCGGUGGAGCAGUUCUGGAGAUUUUACAGUCACAUGAUCAGACCAGGCGAUCUCACUGGACACAGCGAUUUUCACCUCUUUAAAGAAGGAAUCAAACCCAUGUGGGAGGAUGAUGCUAAUAAGAGUGGAGGGAAGUGGAUCAUUCGGCUGAGGAAGGGUCUAGCCUCUCGGUGCUGGGAGAAUUUAAUCUUGGCUAUGUUGGGGGAACAGUUCAUGGUGGGCGAGGAGAUUUGUGGAGCUGUUGUCUCUGUUCGCUUCCAGGAGGACAUCAUUUCUAUCUGGAACAAAACAGCCAGUGACCAGGCCACGACUGCUCGCAUCAGAGACACACUACGCCGAGUCCUCAACCUGCCUCCAAACACCAUCAUGGAGUACAAAACGCACACUGACAGCAUCAAAGCCUGGGAAGAUUUCCAUGGUCUGGUAAACGCUAGUGGAGGCCGUUAGCUCUUCAUCAUGAGCCAACACUGCAAGGGGUUUUGUUUCAUGUGGAUGAAGAGGACGUUUCUACAAGACAAACUUGUAGAAAAACUAAAAAUGGACACUGUCUUCUGACGAGACGUUAUUGCGUGGAAAGCUUGUGGAGUCUGUUUUAAGAAAAGAGGAGGAGCUGAAAUACCCCUGAAAGGUCCUCAGAAUAAGGGUCACGCGGGCAGUGGAUUUGCAGCGGCCAUUCCAGACGACUGCAAGCCCCUUCUUUUCAUUAGAAAGGAUAGCCUGCAGAAACGUGCUGCAAAAACUGCAGCAGCCACGGCUCGGCGCUGCCUCAAUGACAACAUGUAUCAUUGUACAGAAAAGUCACAUUUAACUGAAUUAGCUUGUUAUUCAUAGAUUCUUCAGCAACACAUGUAACCACCCUUAGAAAGAGAGUAAUUUUAUUUUACAUUGUAACAAACAGGGUUACAUUUUACUAUAGUGCAGUAUUUUAACUACAGUGUUAAGAAAGAAAUGACUUUGAAUUUAAAACUGUUGUACAAAAGAAAAAAUAUAUUUGUAAAGUUAUUUGAAGAGGACAAGAUCUGCUCUGGAUCAUGUUCUGUUUGGAGCUGAGGGUAUUGAAGCCUAAGAGGCGUUGCUGCCUAUCGCACUGUGCCUGGCCAGGAGAGGCCUCCGCUGGACUUUCUGUUACUCCGCCAUGGAAGGAGAAUCUGGUGUCAUCAUUCUGUCGCCAGGUGCUGUUUCUGUGCUCUGGUAGUUUUUUUUACCCCCAACCCGGAAAUCAGCUGAACCAGCCUGUAUCUCCUUCACCGCUAAGUCGAGCUACAGUACAGUGGGAGGGGUUCUUAAGCUCUUGUGUGUCUACAUCUCUCUUAACAUACUGCCUGGAAUUCAGUGAUGGUGCUGGAAUUACUAGUGUUUGAGGUAAUGUUUUGAUUACGAUUGACUGAUAGCAAUAAAUGUUGAAUAUGCAGCUGCUGCUAA